UACACCGCGCGGCCAACCUGAACUGUCAGCUGUAGCAGGAGUCCUCUGCCGAGUACCAACCAGCUCAACAGAGACACCCGGAAGGCACGAAAGUAAAUUUCAGAGAGCAUCAUGAAUCGCUUUAAGACCUCCAAAUUCAAAAACACCACUCCGAAAAUUGCCAAGAAAGAUGGAUGGAUCAACAACGUCCGAGCUGGUUCUUUCUCCUGCCAGGGCAGCCACAUCAAAGCGAGUGCCAAGCUGGUGGCCUUUAAUACCGAGCAGGCUGGUGGAGGUAUGCUGGGCCUGUCCUCAGUCAAACCUGGAUCAGAUGGCGAAUGGACAGUCACGCAGAUUUCCUGCCAUUCUGAUCUGGUGACUGAUAUGGACUUUUCUCCUUUUGAUGAAUGUCUCCUGGCAACAUGCUCUGGAGAUGAAACGGUGAAGCUUUGGCGUUUGUGUGAUCCAGAGCUGCAGCAGCCCAGCGCUCCAGAGCUGACCCUGCGUCCAGGUCAGGGCAGGCUGGAGCUGGUACUUUUCCACCCCACCUCCUCUGGGUUGCUGGCUGUGGGCAACACCAAGUCCCCCCUGAUUUGGGACACCAGCCGCCAGGAUACACCACUAGCAGUUCUGGAGCAGCACGGUGACCAGCUGCAGAGUAUGUGCUGGAAACAGGACGGUUCCCUGCUGGCUUCCUCUUGCAAGGACAAGAUGCUGCGAGUGUUUGACCCCAGAGCCCAGCUGACACCUGUUCAGAGUGCCAAGAGCCUUCAGAACAACAAGGAUUCACGCAUCCUGUGGGCCAAAGACGACCUUUUACUCACCACCGGCUUUGAUAUGAUGCGUAGUCGGGAGGUGAGGCUUUGGGACAGCAGGAAGCUGAGCUCUUCUGUCAGCUCGGCGUCACUCGGCACCUCCAGCGGAAUGGUGAUCCCUCUGUUUGACGAUGACACUGGUCUGCUCAUACUGGCUGGCAUGGGCGACACUGUGGUUGAUUGCUUUGAAGUGUCUGCCUCUGAGCCUUUCCUCUCACAAGUGAGCCACUGUCUGACGGACACCUCAACACGAGGAGUUGCCAUGGUACCGAAGGUGGCGUUGGAUGUCCUGUCCUGCGAAGUGAUGCGUGUGCUUCAGCUGACAGACAGCUGCAUUGUGCCAAUCAGCUAUCAAGUCCCUCGCAAGCAUUCAGGCCAGGAGUUUCAUGAAGAUCUUUACCCAGAUACAGUGGGCACAACUCCAGCCAUGUCUGCUGAGGAGUGGUGGAAGGGAGGGAACAAGCAGGUGGAGAAAGUCAGCCUCCACCCAGACAAACAACCCAAACAAAAGGCUCCACCAGCAAAACAGAUGGCUGCAAAGAAGGAGCUGGCCAGUGGGGGGAGCAAGGAGGAUCCGGCACGUGGCUGCUCCACCUCCAGUAGUCCACUGAGCACUCCCAGCAGCAGCGCUGUCCCGUCCCGCUCGCCCUCCUCCACCUCCGGUCUCUCCUCAGGCUUCCUCCACAGCCCCAGUCCCAGCCAGAGCGCCAAGGCCAUCCAGAGCAUGAUGGGUCCGACCUCCAAGUUCCGUCACAUCCAGGGUGCGGUAAUGCACCGGGACACACACAUCACCAACCUGCGUGGUCUCAACCUGACUACACCAGGUGAAUGUGACGGCUUCUGUGUCAACCGCCAACGCGUGGCAGUGCCCCUCGCCAUAUCUGGGGGCCAGAUCGGCAUCUUUGAGCGCUCCCAGCCUGGCAGGCUACCUGAAACAGCCCUGUCCACCAUCCAAAACUCUGUCAAUGUGGUUGACUUAUCCUGGGACCCCUUUGACACACACCGGCUUGCUGUUGCUGGUGAUGAUGCAAAGAUCCGGGUGUGGCAGGUACCAGAGGGGGGGCUGAAAGAGACCCUGACUGAGCCUGAGGUCAUCUUGCAAGGCCACACAGAGAAGAUUUACUCCAUAAAGUUCCACCCUCUGGCCAGCGGGCUCCUGGUGUCUUCAUCCUACGAUCUCACAGUCAGACUGUGGAACCUGGAGAGCAGAGAACAGGUCAAACUUCUCACCGGACACCAGGACCAGGUCUUUGGCAUGGCUUGGAGCCCAGAUGGCAAGCUCCUGGCCACAGUGUGUAAAGAUGGAAAAGUUCGUAUCUAUGACCCCCGCAAGUCCACUGCACCGGUGCAGGAGGGCCCAGGUCCUGAGGGCCAGAGGGGAGCUCGUGCGGUGUGGGUGUGUGAGGGCAAGUACCUGUUGGUGUCAGGAUUUGACAGUCGCAGUGAGAGAGUACUCUACCUGUACUCUGCGGAGUCCCUGUCCUCUGGAGCCAUAGCCAGCACCUCUAUAGACAUCUCCCCCUCUACACUCAUCCCUUUCUACGACCCUGACACAAGUGUGGUCAUCCUCACUGCAAAAGGUGAUACCAGAGUGCACAUUUAUGAGAUGUUUCCUGAAGAUCCAUACUUCAUUGAGUGCAGCAGUUUUAACUCUCCUGAGCCACACAAGGGCUUGGCCUUUCUGCCCAAGAGCGAGUGCAAUGUGCGUGAUGUGGAGAUAGCUGUAGGACUAUUGCUCACCAAGACAACCAUUGAGCCAGUGGCCUUCAGAGUGCCACGGGUCAAGAAAGAGUUUUUCCAGGACGAUGUGUACACCGACACCGCAGUCUGUUGGGAACCGGCACUGACUGCCUCUGCCUGGCUGUCAGGCUCCAACGGCCAACACAAAAAGAUCAGCCUAAAGCCUAAAGACAUGACGCCAGUGAGUGAGGCCCCUAAAGAGGCUCCAGUUAGAAAAUACCUGCCCUCAUCUGUUUACCUGGAGGAGAAGACUGAUGAACAGAAGAAAGAUGAGCUGCUCAGUGCCAUGGUCGCUAAGUUGGGGAACAUGGACGACCCGCUUCCACAAGAGUCCUUCGAGGGGGUCGACGAGGAGGAGUGGGAUGACUAAAGGGGACGCCAUCUUGCCUUUGGUUCAAUCAUGGUGCCAACAGCAAAGAGGAGAGAACAGAUCUACUGUCGAGUUACGUUGCCAUUUGUGUGUGUGUGAUGGUGCCACCCACAUGUCCUCUGAGCUUAAUCAGCUGACAUCUCAGCACAAAGAAUAGUGUACAAUGUGAAAAUAUAAAUGCUAUGGGGGGAAAAAAAUCAUCAUAAUCCAACUGCAUGAAAUUUGAUGCUGUAAUUCUUAAAUAUUUCAGAAAUCCUUCUGGGAUAAAUCUGACAAAAAAAUUAUGUCACACUAUUCAUGAUAUGUCUAAAGAAGUUCCACCAUACAGGGUGAUACAACAGUAAAUUUCAGAAAAGAGUCCAUUUAAAUCAUACACCAGGAUACCUCAAACAUUUCUGGGAAAUCACCCUUCUAAGUCAGUGCAAGGUGAAUUAAACAGCAGGCAAUCAUAGCAAUAAUACUUCUGCUUUAUGUUACAUUAUCAGUUAUAACAGAUCGAACAGGACAUUUUUAAUGGAUGGGUAUUUUAGCACAGCUUUUCUUUUUGUCUUUGGUAUGUGACCAUGGUUUAAGCAUGAUAAUACACUCUUAGGUGUCCUGAUAUAAAAAACUAAAAUAACAAUAAUAAUGGCCUCCUCUUGUGCCCAUUCUGUUAUUUUCUGACUUCAAGAUACCAGGGUACUGUUGCAUACAACAAUUUUUUUUCUGUGUGUGCACUUUUACCUCCGCUGUGGACCACUGCUUGCUUUUUCUACUGGCCAGUCGUAUGAGCACGAUCAAUCACAAUGUGUCUUUGAUAGAUGUAAUAUUGAACAUUAUGAAUCUGAAAAACAAAAGAAAAAAAAAAACCUUGUCUUCCUGUUUGAUCAGGUAAAACACACACAUGAUCACUGUAACAUGUUCAAGCCUUUGGCAGCAAAAACCACACUGAGGAUACAACAGGGUCACCAGUGUUCAUGUUUGACCAUGAACUGGAAUUUCUUAUGACAACUUUGUUAGCCAGUGAUAGAAUAAAAUGCCAUUUUAACAAUAUUGUGUUACUGUAUUUGUACAAGUUAAAUUUGAUUUUUGCUAUCUGAUAGUCUUAUAAGUAGGGGUUAAAGGUCAAUUAAAUUGGGAUGUUGUUGUGCAUGUAAAGCCAAACACACUCCUAUUUGGAGUUUUUAGAGGGGCCUUUGUAUACUCUUCUUUCUUUUCUUUUUUGCUGGGCGACUUUUUUUAAUCGUGAUCUUUGUUGGUUUUCAGACUGUUUGGGGAUAUUCCUCAGAUCAUUCUGUCUACUAGAGUAAGUAGUCAUGGUGUUAAUAAGACAAUAACAGUACAGUAUUAAUAACUUACAAUGCAGCCAAAACAGGUAUCAUGCAAUUUACAAGCAGGGCUAGAGCAAUAUUGUCAAUAAUCCAGGCUUGAACCCACCAUUUGUUAACAACCUCUGAUGGACUGGAAGGAACCAGCUAUUCAGUCGUGCAUGGUUGUGCACAUCAUGUUGUACAGGUAAACUGCAGGUGUUGUUGGUGUUUGUGUGAAGUACACUGUAUGUGCUUGUGAUUCUCGAAUGCCAUACCUAGUAAUAGUUGUACUGGAUCAAGUUGCCUUCCAUUGAGUUAAAAUAAGAACUUCCUUUUUAUACAGUGAGUAAAGCAUUGUUGUUUUUCGUCUGUCGUACUUGAGGAAUAGUUUAAUUCUUUUUCAGUAUUGUCUCGCAAUAAACCUUUUUGAACCCAA